CAUUUGUAAAGUGUUUAUAUAAAGAUUUACGCUUCCUACGCUACACGAAAAUUUAAGUUUUUAACAAGCGUCCUAAUAACGUGGCUUGUUCAACUACAGAAAUGAAGAUACAAUGAAAGUGACGUUGUCUAAAUUAUCCUUGAUUAGUUUAUUCUGUUAUAUUAUAUUAUCUUUGUUGCUAUUAAUAUACGUAAGAAAAAAUGUGAGAGAAAAAGUUAAAGAGCUGAGACAAUCUGAGUUAAAAAAAUUGUCAAGAAGGAACGAAGAUGGAGAAAAAUAUGAUGUGAAAAAAUUACUACAGAAUAAAGUUGAAAAUAAAGAAGUUGUUUUUACCACAAGCGAGAAAAAAAUUAAAAGACCUUUUAAAUCUAUUCUUAUAUAUUCGACAUUGUUUGGGUUAGAGUAUUGGCCCACUUUAAGUUUAAAAGAAAUCAAAACAUUUAUGAAUCGUUGUGACGUCAAAGAGUGCACAAUAACUUACGAUAAAGAAAAAAUCAGUUCUGUCGACGCUGUACUGUUUCAUGGUGUUGACGUAAAAAACAAUAAACAUUAUGCACCGUCUAUUUUACGGAACGUUUCAACGCAAAGACGACGGGAUCAAAAAUGGGUGUUUUUUAUCCAGGAAAGUCCAGAUAAUUACAACGAUUUUUCAGAAUACGAAGGUUUAUUUAAUUGGCUUAUGAGUUAUAAAUAUACAUCAGACAUUCAAAACCCGUACGGUCAUUUUAAACUUCUUGAACCAUGGGAUCCUAUUCCUUCAAAGACAGUAAAUUACGCACAAAACAAAGAUAAAGUUGGCGUAUGGUUCAUUAGCAAUUGUGGUCACCCGCGCGAUAACUUCAUGAAGGAACUGAAACGAUACGUUGCCAUCACAGUCGGGGGCAAAUGCGCCAUGAAAAUAUUUAACGAGGAAGAGAAGUGUGACUACGGAUCAGAUGAUUGCAUUAAGUUAAUUAAAAGACAUAAAUUCAUUUUUGCUUUCGAGAAUUCCUUCUGCGAUUAUUACGUCAGUGAAAAGUACUGGAACAAAGGAAUUGAUUUUGGAUUAGUCCCUGUUGUUAUGGGAGCGCGUUAUGAUAACUAUAAUGUUAUACCAGGCUCAUAUAUUGACGCGUCAAAGUUUAAAUCUAUAGAACAGCUAGGGAGCUACUUAAAUUAUCUAGAUCACAAUGAUACAGCUUACAAUGAAUAUUUCUCUUGGAAAAGAAAGUAUAAGCGGAUAGGAUAUGAAAAAAUGUGUGAACUUUGUAAAGCGUUGCACGAAAACAGAUACGGUAGACGAUAUAAGGAUAUUUGGUCUUCAAAAGAAGACUGUGCACCGUUUGAAUGGAAAAAAGAAAUGAUGAAACAAAUGACAGAAAUGUCGAAAAGAAAAUCAUAAAUGCUGGUUUUACAAUCGCUGACGUGAUCAUAAGAUUGCAUGAAGGGUUUACAAUCGCAACAUAAUAAGAUCUUUAAACGGACAAAGCAAUGAAUCGAGAAAAACUUUAUGUAUAAUCAAUUCAGCUUCCUAGAGUCCAGUGACAAAGCUUAAUUUUGAUGCAGCUUAUAUUGGUCUCGAUAAUAUCCGUUUCAAUAUUUUUCGCGUGAAAUUUCUCCAUGAACAGUGAAGGCAGUGUUAGGGACAGAGUCACAGUGAUGCAAGCUUACCAAUGAUCAAAAUAUAUAUUAACUAAUCGUAGUUAUCUCUUAUGCGUUCCGUUCACUACUAAAUUUUGUUCACAGGGGGAUCAUUAACAUCCAAAACAAGAUUAUACAAAUAUCCAAUUCAAAUAAUAAAACCCACAAAUAUGUGUAUUACAAUUAUUUUAUUUAAAAGAGAAUUAUUUUUAACAAUAACUAUUAUAAAGAUUCUCAACAUGUGUUUGAAAAAUGUGAUUUGCAAAUUUGAAUUUGUAAGGUACGUAACGCUAAUAAAGACACACAAACAAGCAAUUAACUCAAUCGAUACAUAACUGGAAUACUAUUAUGAAUAAGAUUUUGACAAUAUGAAAAUACUGAGACUGGAACUUUAAAAAUAAGAAAGAAAUUCUUUAGUUUGGCCCAUCUAAAUCAAAUCCACAAUAAUUUUAACAAAACGUCUAAUUCAAU